GCCAAGAAAAUAACAUCAAUAUGGCCAAACUUGGUCAUGCUUCCUUCUUCUACUUCCUGGCCCUUUUCAUGGCUGUUUGGGGCCUCUUUGCUGGCGGAAGCAUGGCUCAGAUGAGUCAUAUGUUGUCCGGCGAUGUUCUGAAAACUGGUCAGAAUAUAUCGAAUCCACUUUACACCUUACUGAUGCAAACAGACUGCAACCUUGUCCUCUACCGCAACCCCUCCGUUGCUGUCUGGUCCACAUACACGAAGGACAAAGGCAGAGAAUGCGAACUCAGGUUGAAGACCGACGGCAACCUCGUCAUCUACGGCAAGGAUGAGAAGCUCAUUUGGCAAACUGAAACAAACGGUACAGUUGGUAACUAUGUUCUUCUCCUCCAACGCGAUCGGAAUCUUGUCGUCUACAGCGUACCGGCCUGGGAUUCUGGGACGGGAACAGUUUUAUCUGCAGCCACAAAGUAGAAUUCAAGAUUGGAAGAACAAACGAUACCUUGUUUUCUGUCUGGUGAAUGUGUGAUUUGGACUCUUAGGGUUUGUAUUACCAGCUGAGUGCAGUGUUGUAGCGUUAUUAUGAAUUGUGUGCGAAGCAGAAUUA